GGCUGCUAGGCUACUUAAACUAGCCCCUCCUCUCACUCUAAAUACUGUAAGGUGAGACAUUUGAAAUUCAGACCGCUUUGUUAUUUACUUUGACAGCAGCCAGUACUUGCCCUCCAAGUAAGACAAAUGAAAUAGCCUCCUCAGUGCAUCAGUUAAAGCCUGGGUGGACUACUGUACCUGCAGUACAUGACGCACAAUGGAAAUGGAAAUGAAAGGAAAUGCUUCCCAACCACUUACAUGCAAUGUUGGCAGUGGAAGCAGGAUUGACCACUAUGGCUUUGAGAGACAUCACGAUUUUGAACCCUACAAGGAGAUGAUGAAUGAGUAUGAAGCUGUCCUCAAUAGAAGGUCGAUGAGAUGGUCCAAGCUCCUUCAAGAGAAACCCCAUGUGGAGAAGAACUUGACAAGCACAAUGAAAAGGUUUGUGCGUAAAGGUGUGCCUAACGAGCACCGCACCAGAAUUUGGAUGGCAGCCAGUGGUGCAAAGGAACGACUGGAGAGCAACCCGGGUUAUUAUCAGUCUCUGCAGGCCAUGGAACACGACUCCAAGAUGAAAGAAACCAUUCAUACAGACAUGCACAGGACCUUUCCUGAUAACGUCCUCUUCCAGAGCAAAGGAGAAGCGAGCCUGCAGACGGCUCUGUACAAUGUGUUGGUGGCCUACGGACACCAUAAUAAGGCAGUGGGGUACUGUCAGGGUAUGAACUUCAUUGCAGGAUACCUCAUCAUCAUCACCAAAGAUGAAGAGAAGUCCUUCUGGCUCAUGGAUGCAUUGUUGGGCAGAAUGCUCCCAGACUACUACAGCCCGGCUAUGUUGGGUCUGAAGACUGACCAGGAGGUUCUUGGGGAGCUGGUGAAGACUAAAGCUCCUGCAAUAGGACAGCUCAUGGCCCAGUAUCCUGGCAUAUGGACUCUGGUGGUGUCACGCUGGUUCAUCUGCCUCUACAUUGACAUACUACCAAUUGAGACCGUUCUGCGGGUCUGGGAUUGUCUUUUCUAUGAGGGCUCCAAGGUUCUUUUCCGUGUUGCUCUGACUCUCAUCAUCCACCACCAGCCAGAGAUCCUAAGAGCUCGCUCUUUGAUGGACGUGUGCGAGUGCUUCAAACAAAUCACCUGUGGAGCUUUCACUCUGGACUGCCACAACUUCAUUCAGAAAAUCUUUACAGAACCUGGGAGCCUAUCUAUGGCAACUAUUGAUAAACUGAGAGAAAAAUGCAAACAACGAAUACUGGAGGAAGAAUCUGGACCACAGUCAGGCUUUUGAUCCACCGCUGAAUAUCUGCUUAACCUGCUUUCAUUCAGUAUAAUAAAGUAACACUGUGCGAACAUAAUGGA